CAUUCAACCCACUUAAAUCUAAACUAGUGUUUUCCAAACUUUUUUCUGGGGACCCACUUUUUAAAAAUGACUGGACUAAGCUCAUCUAAAGCCGGUUUGUUAUUAUUUGUUGUCUUAUGCCCCGGCUCAAAUUCCUGUGAGCUGGAAUGAGCUAGAAACAUGAACCUUGGCACAAUAACUGGAACUAAUUCUGAAAGUGUUUUUAUUUUAUUAUUUUUUAUUUUUUUUGUUUUAUAUUUUUGUUUUUUAAAAGGGUGACAGUGCAGCGCUUUAGGUAGGCCCACUGUUUUCUCCAUCUUAAAAUAGUCUAAUAAACAAGAUUAUCAAAUCUCAUUUAUGUUAUUUGGUUUUAAUUCAACACUAUGAUCAUCAUCCAUUUAGUAUUGAAAAUAGCCAUUUUUAAUUCUGUCUGUGUGGUUGCUGAAAAUGAGUUCCUGUUUAUGGGAAUUAAUAACCAAGUUAUUUAUGUUCGGCACCUUUAUAGCUCUGUGUCGAGUUGAGAUGAUGGGUUUUAUAAAAUCAACAGAGGUGGGUGGGGUAGGUAGUGACGGUGAUAUACAUUGUCCUAUAUUUUGGGCGAGCACAUGAGAGCCCCUGUGGUUAGGUACAGUCCAUCACGCUUAGAGAAUGCUGGACGGCCCCAAAAAAGUGACCUUAAAUUUGUCACAAGCUGUUUUUAGCCAUGAAUUGAAGCAGAGCAGACGGCUGAAUUUUUCUAUGCCCCUGUUGUAAGUCGAAAGUGGUCCUGAAAUUGCUAUGUUUUUUCCAGUUGCUUUGAGGGUGGUGAGAAAAGUUUUAAAAUUGUCCUUUAAAGUUUCUGACUCACGGUGAGAAGUGUCGUUGCUGCCAACGUGUGCUACCACAGUACUCACAUUAUUGUGUUUUCCAAGCACCGCUGGAAUCUCUGUGUUGAGGUCCAAUACACGGGCUCCGGGGAAACAGUGGACUGCUGCAGCGGUUCCGUGGGAGGGGAGCGAGAGUCCCCCGAACGAUGGAGUCCCUAAUCACCAUAGUGGAAGCAAGCGAUGGUGGAGGGGUGGGUGCAGCGGAGAGUUGUCGGUCGGGGAACGAGUCUGGGCUCAACACCUUAAAACGGUUUUCCAGCCUCAGCUCCGGAGGGCGGAGGAUUUCCCUCUGUCUUCCCCGCCUGCCUGUCACCCACCCGCAGGGCUGGACUGGCCAUCUGGGCGUCGGCGUUAGGGGCGAGCUUUGGGGGUCCAGGUCCGUCCAAAAAGAUUCAACAGUUUUCCUGACUGCAGUGAUGAAGGGUAACAUGCUGAUCUUUGCUCCAUUCUGUUUGCUCCUUUGCUGCAUGCUGCCUGCAGACGCCGUGCCGAUCCACUUGCCUCUACGAGAUACCAACAAGGACAUCCCAUUGAGCAUGGAAGAAGAUUCGGUUGACGACAGGUAUUUUGACUGCGAUGCCGCUAAGAUGGAAAUAAUCAAGAACAAAUCCAUUGAAGAAGAAAUGAACAAGAGACCAUUUUCAGGUGCCUGGAAGAACGCAACAGUUUGUGCUAACGAGAAAUUUGAACAGAGAGAGGAUAAGGCUCUAACCAAAGAUCACAUGCUGGCAAUCUGUAUUUAUACAGGGGAAGAUGUGUACAUGGUUUUCAAUGAGGCAGUCCGAACAAAUAGGAGCAUCUAUGGCUCCUCAUUCCAGUUCCACUCUUUACAUUACCUGCUGACAUCUGCCAUACAGAUCUUGAAUAACAAUAACAACUGUUACGAUACUUACAGACGAGUCCGUACUAGUUUUACUGGCAAAGUGAACCAAAUAAUUCGGUUUGGCUCCUUUACCUCCAGCUCUAAGAAAACAGACUUGAUAGACUUUGGUAAUGAGACCUGCUUUAAAAUCAGGACCUGUUCAGGUGCUUAUUUGAAAAACUAUCCAACUUAUGGUGACGAGGAAGAGGUGCUCAUCCCUCCCUACGAGAAGUUCACUAUAACUGAGAUAAGUGAUGAUCCUGGUAAAUUUAAAGGUCUAGAAGAUUGUAAAAAGGUCAUUGUCUUGGAGACUGCCGGGGUAGAGAGCAGACUGAACUGCAAAUUUGCACCAAGUGCCAUAAGGGGCACCACAAUUAUGAUCAUCAUCAUCAGCAUCAUUAUCACCAUCAUCAUCAUCAGCAUCAUCAUCAUUAUGAUAAAGAGGAAGCACAAGUGCACAACUAUAUCGAACUACAUUUAACUACAUAAGACUAUAGACUUAGAUUAUAGGCAAUACAAAGAUAUACAUAUUUGCUCGAAAUAAUAAAAGGAUUUAUGGUGCCCCCCCUCCUCCAUCAUCCUGUGGUUUGUUCCAUUGUGCCUGAUGGUACGUGUCCACAGGAUCCGUCCAUUCCACGCUUCCCAUUCAUUCUCUAUGUAAGCAGCCAUGCAAUGCAUUCUGGUAGCGUGGCGGCACAAUUCGAGAGACGGAGCGUCACAACAGCCGUUCCUCAUUUGCAUUGAGUUGAGGGAUAGUUUGCUUUAUACAAAUCACGGGCGUCUGACGCGACUCGCCGCCUCUCGAAACUCCUGAGAAUCUUUUAAAAUAAAUGUUGUCGAUCCAAAAUAAAGACAGAUUCAACAACUGCAUGGCUUAUUUCAGGCCUCAAAUGUUUUCAGAAACUCAUUUUGGUGAACAAUUCUUGAAAAAAGAGAAGAAAGUUUCCAAACGAGCCUCCAUAUUGUUUCCGGUUUGAAAGCUGGGAGCAGCAGCUCACGGAGCGAAAGCGUUCAUACAAUCAGGUGCCAAGUGUGUUGUAUCUAGUGGCAGCCCACCAAGCGUCCAAUUCUGGGAAGCGCCGCGUCCCCUUGCGAUAAAAAAUGCCCCGGUGGACACGUACCAUGACAAACUCGAGCCUGGCUCGUCCAGACCGCCCGCGUGAGCAGCGUGUGGCGGCUGUGUUACCUGUUGUUUUUUUAUUUCGGCGUCCGUGUUAACAGGUUAGAGCAGCCACACAGCCUGUCUCAGCUGCGUCUCUUCUAGAGAUUCAAGAUCUCGUCUAUUUUUCGCGCGAGCCGCGCGGUUCACAGCAACAACAGACAAUGAAAGUGAUCGUAUGACUUUAUAUUAACAUCAUACCAGCAACAUUACUACAGUUUUGAUGUCUAUACCAUAAAGCAAUUAUGCAUAGGGCACCCAAAUGGCUAGCAGCUAACUCUCUUAACGCAACUGAAUUAAUUAGAUAAUAUACAACCUAUAGCUACACAUUCUCUACGAUCCUUGACUUUAUGCUUAGGGUUUGUUUGAUCUUUGUGUGCUUAUGUUUUACACACUUCUCCAGC